UGUCCUUGGAUUUGGUCUUGUUCCUAUCUGCUGCAAUGGUUACCAAUGCAGCUCCUCUGACCUGCUACUCAAGAAUGCUGGGCAUGAGAAAAGAAAUCAACAGCAGCAUUGAGAACCUGCAAGCAAAACAAUUCACAGUGAGCACUCCAUCUCAUAUAUGUUAUUGGGGAUGGAAUAGGGGAACUUAUAGCUGUCAACUAACCAGAUUUUAUAUUCUUUUCUCCAAUACCUUCAAGAAACGUUGUGUCGCUAAGCUGCCUGACCUGCACAUAGAUAUCCAUAAUUUCUGCGUGAUGUCAAAACUACGGACUUACCUACAGGCUAUGGAGAAGGUGACUGAUCGACGCUGCCAGAAUGUGCUGCAGCCAACAGUCCAGUUAAUCAGACACUUGUACCUCAUCAUGGUGGUGCCAUGUAAGGCGGAGCUUGUGUUCUUGACGGACGACUGCAGUGUAUUACGGAGAAAAGCAAGCACUACAACUUGAACGUGCCAAAUAACAAGAUGUCAUUUUUAAAAAUGUAUUUAUGUGCUUUGCUAUAUAAAGUUGACUUUUCACAAUGCAAGCAUCUUUAAGGUUACAUUACUUGCAGAAAUGGCAAGAGAUGUUCUAUAUUAGCUGAGUAAAAGCAUCUUAAUCUGAUACUGCUUUGCAUAGUCAGGCUUAUCUGAGGUGAGAUCUUCAAAUCUACUUUUGCCUUCCCCUGCUGGCUGAUGUUGAAAUACUGCACCAGAAGUUCCAGUUUUGAUCUUCAGGCUGUGCUAGUUUAAUUGAUUGUGGCUGUGACAGAGGCUUCAGGCCA